GCAGUGUCAGUUUAGGAUUAGAAUUUAGGAAGGAAAGAGCAAAAUCUUGAAAAAUAGGUGUAUUUAAUUUACCUACAACUUUCUAUAGUUUGAUUAUUAAGACAUGAACCAAUAUUAGACAGUUUUGCAAGGCUUGAAUAGUAAAGGCUGUUUUAGAAAUGCAGAGAAGAUUCAUUCAUCUCGUUUUAAUUUUGUGUUCAAUUCUACAUAACACACUGGGAUUUAAUGGAUUAGAACCACCGGUUAAUAGUGUACAAUUGCCACCAUGUAAGGCUUGUAAAACUUUUAUAGAAUCUUUUCAUAAGGGAUUGGAGAGAACAUCAAAAUCCAAAUUUGAAGGAGGAGACACUGCUUGGGAAGAGGAGAAAUUGGGUCCAUAUGCAACCAGUGAAGUUCGAUUUGUAGAAAUUCACGAAAAAUUAUGUUCAGAGGUUCAUAAUGGCAAAGAUCAAUGUUAUAAACUGCUAGAAGAGUAUGAAGAUACUCUUGAGGAAUGGUGGUUUGACAAACAAUCUUCUGAACGAGACCUAUUCAAUUAUUUAUGUGUUAAAUCAUACCAGGUCUGCUGCCCUGACUUGCAUUAUGGGAAAGACUGCCAGCCUUGUCCUGGAUUCCCUGAUAAUGUAUGCAGUAAUAAUGGAAAAUGCAAAGGAUCUGGAACCAGGAAGGGAAAUGGUCAAUGUCAAUGUGAAGAAGGUUAUGCUGGGAGUAACUGUAACACAUGCAAUGUAACUCAUUAUAUUGUCUACCAAGAUGAAAAGAAAGUUUUAUGUGCUCCAUGUCAUAUAUCUUGUGCAGGAGGAUGCACAAAAGAGGGGCCUAAUGGUUGUAACUCAUGCAGGUCUGGUUGGACGCAAGACUCAGAAAAGACUUGUAGAGAUAUAAAUGAAUGUGCUGCAGAGAAAAGUCCAUGUACUCCUCUACAAUUUUGUGUUAACAUGGAAGGAAGUUAUACCUGUGUGGACUGUGAUAAAUCUUGUGGUGGAUGUACUGGAAAUGGUCCAGAUAUGUGUAUAAAUUGUGCCAGAGGAUACUACAAGAAGGAUAACGUUUGCGUAGAUCAAGCUGAAGAAAAACGUAGAACCAUAGUUUCCUUCUCUAGGUAUUUUACCUACUUGGGUCUCUGCAUAGCAACGUGCAUCAUAUUCCCAAGAAAUAGUUACAUAGCAGCUGUGGUAGGGGUCGCUGUAGCCUGUUAUAUAGCAGUAUCUGAAUAUACCCUAAACUCCACCAAUACCAUUCAGACUUCUGGUGUAGAACAACAAGUCUCAGAGAAUGUACUGAAAGCGCUAACUGGAGAGAACUAAACUUUUUUUGUUUAAGUUAAUAUUGGGAAAACCGGUUACCUCGAACAUUAUUUUAUGAUACAGGCUGUUUAGUAUUUGAUUAGAUAUACUCCAAUGAGGGAUGAGCUAAAAUCGGCAACAUUGAGAAUGAGUUGCAUUGCUACUGUAGAAUGACUAAUGACUGAAUAAACCACCGCGGAACCGGCGCAAAUUGAUCCUAAGCCAGACACAACCUGCGUCGGCGGACUGCGUAGACCGUUCUGCGCAUCCUACUAUCAGUUCAUGCGUUCGCAGGUCGAGCUUGGGAAGGCCUGUCGUCAACGUACAGUUUUUUGGGCCUUGGGACGGGUGACUCACCGCCAGAUGUAUAUUUUUACGUGUUUUUGUUUGCGAGAUGGAAAUAUCUGAAAUGAAUAAGCGGCGAUAUAUUUUACACUAUCUUGAAUGAAUAACAUUUUAUUGCUCUGUUGUAUCAAUCAGCACUACUCUACAAGUUUUCAUUUAUUCGUUUUAAUAUUGUAUUGCAAUAGUAGGGAAUAUAAUAUAUCUGAUUAAAACAGUGAAUUUUUUAAAUGUUAAAUAUUUUUAAUUUCUUGUGAAGUAUCUAGUUAGUGUGGCUUUAGCCAAUAAAUCAAAGUUAUGCGUUUACAAGAGCAUAUUAUUUGAAAAAUAAGGAGUACCAUAAUGUGUCAUAAUUAUAAUCUUUAUACAGAUCAAAAAAUUGUUUAGUAUGUAUUUCUAAAUCCAAACAAUCAUUGGAAAAUGAUUCAUGGUAAAAAAUAUCUAUUAAUGACACUGUUAUCGACAAAGUCGAUCAAUGUUAAACUUAUCAUAUAUUUAUUAGACUUUUGUUUAUCGUUAAAAAUUAAAUGAUGGUUGUGAAUUGUAUUUUUUGUGUUAUUUAAUAUUUUAGCAAAAACAUAAUCAGCAAAAAUCUUAUUUAAAACAUGCGAACCGUUUUUGCAAUCACAAUCAAUGCAGUGUGUUUAACUUAUGCUUGUUAUUAUAAACGUAUGUAGAAAUAGAAUACUCAGUGUAAGAUAUCUUUUUAUGCACCCGCUUAUGAUCAAAUUCGAUGUUUUCGAAAGUCAUACCGCUACGACUACUAGGCACGUGUAAGAUAUUUUUAAAACGUUACUAGUUACAUGUACGGAAGUACCGUUUUUUAGUUGCCUACUCAAUUCAGUACAAGGAUCAGAUACAUCAGUAUUUUGUAAUCAGUAUUUGUACUCAGUACCACUAAAAAUCGGUAUCAAUAGUAACCGUUACACGUUUGCACUUAUUUUGCCCGUCUCUAUUCGUUACGGCGACAGCCGACGGUCGGGUUAGCUUGUGUUCAAUAUGCGGCACGCUAGAAAAAUAACUGCACAGGUCACCCGUCCCACCGGUGCAGGUUGUGACUCGCUUAGGUUCAAUAUACGCCGGGGCUUAGGCGGGCAGCAGGUAAGAAGUGUUGGCAUUUAUAGUCCGUAUAUCUAAUUGAAACAUAAACAGUCUGUAUAUUGAUGAAAUUAUAUAUCAGAAUUUUUACUAUUAUUUUUCAGCGGCGGCUCGUGGGUCAAUCUUCAGGGGGGUCAUUUUGGUUUGAAAACUUCAAACUGUUGAUUUUUUAAAGUAUUUAAAAGAUCUUUUAGCAUUUAUAUUUUAGAUAAAAAAUACAGACUUAGAUAAAACUCAAUACUAUUUACCCUAGUUUUCCGAAAAUUAAAUUUGUCUU